AUUAGGAUCUCCAUUUUAUAAAUGAGAAAGCUGAGGCCCAGCCAGGUUAUUCAGCUUGCCCAAGGCACAGAAGUAAGAAGCCCUUUACCUCUGCGAUUCGUGUAAGUGUGACUCGAUUUCAGCGAAAGGGAAUUCGCGUGGUCUGAGAAGGAGGCCGGAGUGGACGGGCUGGGGAAGGCACCGUGAUGCCCUCAACCCCGUCCCUGAAGGUGGUCCACGAGCUGCCCGCCUGUACCUUCUGUGUGGGGCCGCUGGAGGAUGCGGUGACCGCUCCCUGUGGACAUACCUUCUGCCGGCUCUGCCUCCCCACGCUGUCCCAGAUGGGGGCCCAGUCCUCGGGCAAGAUCCUGCUCUGCCCGCUCUGCCAAGAGGAGGAGCAGGCAGAGACUCCCAUGGCCCCUGUGCCCCUGGGCCCGCUGGGAGAGACUUACUGCGAGGAGCACGGGGAGAAGAUCUACUUCUUCUGUGAGAACGACGCUGAGUUCCUCUGUGUGUUCUGCAGAGAAGGUCCCACCCACCAGGCGCACACCGUGGGAUUCCUGGACGAAGCCAUUCAGCCCUACCGGGAUCGUCUCAGGAGUCGACUGGAAGCUCUGAGCAUGGAGAGAGAUGAGAUUGAGGAUGUAAAGUGUCGAGAAGACCAGAAGCUUCAAGUGCUGCUGACUCAGAUUGAAAACAAGAAGCAUCAGGUGGAAGCAGCUUUUGAGAGACUGCAGCAGGAGCUGGAGCAACAGCAGUGUCUCCUGCUGGCCAGGCUGCAGGAGCUGGAACAGCAGAUUUGGAAGGAGAGGGAUGAAUAUAUCACAAAGGUCUCUGAGGAAGUUACCCGGCUUGGAGCCCAGGUCAAGGAGCUGGAGGAGAAGUGUCAGCAGCCAGCAAGUGAGCUUCUACAAGACGUCAGAGUCAACCAGAGCAGGUGUGAGAUGAAGACUUUUGUGAGUCCUGAGGCCAUCUCUCCUGACCUCGUCAAGAAGAUCCGUGAUUUCCACAGGAAAAUACUCACCCUCCCAGAGAUGAUGAGGAUGUUCUCAGAAAACUUGGCGCAUCAUCUGGAAAUAGAUUCAGGGGUCAUCACUCUGGACCCUCAGACCGCCAGCCGGAGCCUGGUUCUCUCGGAAGACAGGAAGUCAGUGAGGUACACCCGGCAGAAGAAGAACCUGCCAGACAGCCCCCUGCGCUUCCACGGCCUCCCGGCGGUGCUGGGCUUCCCGGGUUUCUCCUCGGGGCGCCACCGCUGGCAGGUUGACCUGCAGCUCGGUGACGGCGGCGGCUGCACGGUGGGGGUGGCCGGGGAGGGGGUGAGGAGGAAGGGGGAGAUGGGCCUUAGCGCCGAGGACGGCGUCUGGGCCGUGAUCAUCUCGCACCAGCAGUGCUGGGCCAGCACCUCCCCGGGCACCGACCUGCAGCUGAGCGAGAUCCCGCGCUACGUGGGCGUCACCCUGGACUACGAGGCCGGACGGGUGACCCUCCUCAACGCCCAGACCCAGGAGCCCAUCUUCACCUUCGCUGCCUCUUUCUCCGGCAAAGUCUUUCCUUUCUUUGCCGUCUGGAAAAAGGGUUCCUGCCUUACCCUGAAAGGCUGAAGUGGGGCGCGCGAAGGGCGGCGAAGCGGAGACAGCGGCUCCCUGGGAUCCAGCUCCGCCCCUGGCCAGCGCGCCGCCCGCGUGAGGCGAAAGGACAGGGGACUUGAAUCUCGAACAGCGGUUGUUUAUACUUUAUUUAUCUUAGGCCCUCAGCUCCCUGACGUCCGGAGCCUCUCCGGGACGCUCCGGCCUUCUCUGCACUCGGAGUGCAGAACCACAGGCGGGUUCAGCUGUGCCUAGGGCAACAGCCAACCUAGGAGCCAGAGGGCUUUCGGGGAAAAAACAGAGAAAGAGAUCUAAAAUAAAAUGUUUAAACUGUUUCAAAAUAAUCAUCGUGGGAAA